AAACCGUGGUAGGAGAUGUGAGGUGGAAUAUCUGCUGCGCUGUGCUAGGGAAAGCAAGCCUCCGCGCUCAGGCGGCGGUAUAUUCAGAAUCACCUUUGCGCUAGCAUUGACUGCCUUUUUAACCAGGAUUUGACAUCGGGAGAGGUUGUGCGCCAGGUUCCCCGUCGAGCAUAGUUGUCCGACAGCCUGUGUAUUGAAUUAAGUAUAAAUACCUCAUGAUGCGAGCAAGGAACGUACAACAAUUGUCAUAGUUAUGAAGUGUUUUAGCCGUCACAUAUAGAUCACUAAAACUAUUGCGAACUAAAGAAAUAUUGUCAAUUCAUUCAAAAGUUGAAUCGUUACCUGAAUAUCUGCUGCUGGGAUCGGAUCGGCAUCGGUAAACGCUGCCGCGCGGCAGGUAGGCUGCGGCAUCACGUGAUACCAAAGCGCAACGCGGAAAUUAAAAUAUCGCGAACAGCUUCAUCGAUCUGGCCCAGCAACCCCACCCUGAAAAAUUGAAUCUAAACCGUUUGUCGACGGAUCGCCUUUGUCUGUUAGACCCCGCUAUCGGAGCUCCGGGAACAGCUCUACCUCAGAUUUGAAUUAGGUCGGUCCGAGUUUCAUGAACAGAGUGUGGCUCCCGGAUACCGUAUGUGAACGGGAGACUGUAUAACAAUUCUAAGAUGAAAAGUUUGCGGAGGGAUCACUCUUCGAACCCGCUCGCCUCUAAUGUCUCAAGCAAAAUCUUCGUGAGAUCGACAAAGAGCGGCAAGGUUCAGAAGAUUGUUAGGGAGUUAUAUCUGAGACAAGACAUCCCAUGUUCUUCGAAGAUAUGUUCCGUGUGCUUGUCAUACGCGCCGACUGAUGCUAACGGGAAUGUUACCCCAUUUGUACUAUCUGAGCGACCAGCCGGUACGAAGUCAUUUCCCCGAGGCCAUUAUCUAAUGCCGGAUACGAACGCCCUCCUCAAUGGCAUGGAUCUUUUCGAACAGACGGGUUCAUUCUACGAUGUGAUUAUUUUACAGACAGUGCUAGAGGAGCUAAAAAACCAGUCCCUCGCAUUAUAUAACAGACUAAUAUCCUUAAUCCGGAGCGAAGAAAAGCGAUAUUACCUCUUCUUUAACGAAUUUCGGUUGGAAACCCAUGUCAGGAGAGGCGCAGAGGAAAGCAUAAACGAUCGAAAUGAUAGAGCUGUUCGAACGGCAGCAAAGUGGUACCAGGAACAUUUAGGCCAGGUAGUGAAGAGAAACCAAAAGGAGCAGACCGCCCCAGCCAUUGCCAUGAUUACCGAUGAUAAAGAUAAUCUCCGCAAAGCAGAACAGGAGGGUGUUACGGCUAUGUCAUUGUCUGAUUAUGUAUCUGGCCUCGAGGAUUCCGAUAGGUUGCUUGAUAUGAUUAACGAAGCUAAGGCCGCCCAUGAUUCGAGACCGACGAGGGGCGAACUGUUUUACCCCGAGUAUUACUCUAUGUCGAAACUGAUGACCGGUCUUCGUGCGGGGACACUGCACCAGGGCGUUUUCAACGUUUCGCCUUACAACUAUCUCGAGGGAUCGGUGCAAGUGGCAGCAUUUGACAAGUCCCUCCUCAUCCUUGGCCGAGACAACAGUAAUCGAGCGAUCGCGGGAGAUAUAGUGGUGGUCGAAGUUCUUCCAAGAGAUCAAUGGAAAGUGCCAUCGACGAAAAUCAUUGAUGAGGAGACAGUCACUAAAGAUGAAAACGCUGAAUAUGACGAGAAGGAAGCUGUGGUAACGGAAAAGGAGAGAAGAGCGUUACAGGAAGAGGUUAGGAAAGCGCACGGAAAGACCGCGGAGGGUCGACCUCAGCCAACAGCCCGUGUGGUGGGAAUCGUUAAAAGGAAUUGGCGUCAGUAUGUUGGAAACAUCGAUAAAAUCUCGUCAGGAACGCAAGAGCAAUCUGGCAGACGACAACAAACCGUAUUCGUCAUACCCAUGGAUAAACGGAUACCUAAAAUUAGGAUACGUACGAGACAGGCGCGGGAGCUUUUUGGCCAGAGGAUACUGAUUACAGUUGAUGCGUGGGAUCGCGAUUCCAGAUACCCAACAGGUCAUUUUGUACGAUCUUUAGGAGAGUUGGAAACUAAAGGUGCAGAAACAGAGGCUCUUCUUCUCGAGUAUGACGUUCAGUAUAGACCGUUCCCACAAAUGGUGCUUGACUGUCUUCCUCCCGAAGGUCAUAACUGGAAGGUUCCGCAAAAUAUGGAUGACCCCGGUUGGCGUGAUCGUAAAGACCUUCGAGAUUUACUUGUCUGCAGUAUCGAUCCUCCAGGCUGCCAGGAUAUAGAUGAUGCUCUCCAUGCUAGACCUCUCCCUAAUGGAAAUUUUGAGGUCGGUGUCCAUAUCGCAGAUGUUUCCCAUUUCGUGAAGCCGAAUACUCCUAUGGAUACUGAAGCGAGCAUGCGAGGCACGACGGUAUAUCUCGUGGAUAAACGUAUCGAUAUGUUACCUAUGCUUUUGGGAACUGACCUCUGCUCUCUAAAACCACAUGUCCAACGUUAUGCCUUCUCCAAUAUCUGGGAAAUGACUCCCUCUGCUGAAGUUGUAUCCUCAACUUGUACAAAAUCUGUUAUUCUCUCCAGAGAAGCUUUCAGCUACGAACAAGCACAAUUGCGUAUUGACGAUAAAUCGAAAACGGAUGAAUUAACGGAGAGCAUGAGGACACUUCUCAAACUAGCUAAAUUACUCAAACAAAAGCGAAUGGACGCGGGAGCCCUUAAUCUGGCCUCUCCAGAAGUCCGCAUAGAAACCGACUCGGAAUUAUCAGACCCCAUGACAGACGUGAAAACUAAAGCCCUCUUGGACACCAACAGCCUCGUCGAGGAAUUUAUGCUUCACGCCAACACAACUGUCGCCGCCAAAAUCUUCAAAUCCUUCCCACAAACCGCCCUGCUUCGUCGGCAUGCCACUCCUCCCCCCUCGAAUUUUGAAGAACUAAUCGCCCAACUCUCCAAAAAGCGCAACAUGACCCUCGACGUGUCGAGUUCCCUUGCUCUGGCAACCUCCCUCGACCGCUGUGUUGACCCAGCCAACCCGUUCUUUAACACCCUAGUUCGUAUCCUAGCCACCAGAUGCAUGACAUCAGCAGAAUACUUCUGCGCAGGAGCCCACGCGGAGUCAGAAUUCCGCCACUACGGCCUUGCCUCGACAAUUUACACGCAUUUCACCUCCCCCAUUCGGCGAUACGCAGACUUGGUCGUCCACCGCCAACUAGCCGCCGCAAUUGGCUACGAAGGACCUGGUGCCUCUCCAGCAGAAGGACUGGCUGCCCGGAGCCGACUAGAGGAUAUUUGCAAGAAUAUCAAUCAUCGCCAUCGCAAUGCACAGUUUGCUGGCCGUGCCAGUAUAGAAUACUACGUUGGCCAGGCACUCAAAGCACGUGGCGAACAAGAGGCGUCUAAGCUUGGGACGGGCGAGGGGACGAAUGCGGGGAUAGAUGAGGAAGGGUAUGUCAUGCGUGUGUUUGAUAAUGGGGUUGUUGUUUUCGUACCGCGAUUUGGUAUCGAAGGCGUUGUGAGGUUAGAGGAUUUCAUCAUUCCCGGAAGUCAGCAGGGGGAGAGGAGGCAGGUUGCGGCCAGACGGGAGAGUGAGUUCGAUGCGGAGGAAUAUUCGUUGAAGGUUUGGGAAAGACAGGGCGAGAGCGGAGCUGGUGGGGAUGCGAAGAAGAGCGUGGUGGUCGACUUGUUUGACAAAGUUAGGGUAAACGUGAGCUCUGUGAAGGAGGAAGGGGGCCGUGGGGCCGGAAAGAGGAGAGUUAGAGUACUGAUUUUGGGCAAAGCUUAGUUUAGACUGGUUCGCCAGGCGUUAUAAUGGAAAGAGUGGAAUUCUGAUCGAGAGAGGGAAAAACCGGUUGAUCGCAGCGACCUCAGCUCUGUAUGCAGGCAAUAAACAUGCCAAUAUAUACAUCAUCCUACCCUACAAUAAUGAAAAAACGAAACUAAAAAUAGAUAAAGUCUUCAUUUUUGAGGUUCCUCUAUGCUAAUUUUCUAAGUCUUGGUGUUAAAUAAACUGAAAUAAAAGAGUAUGUGUGUACAACCCAUAUCCUUCUAUAUUGGAUUCCACUUGGUAAGUUAUAUACUUUUCAAAAAAUGCAAUGCCAUGUCGUCAAAUAUACGCCUGAAUGAAAAAUUAGGUAACA